UGCAGCGUGCGUCCUCAGGGCCAUGGCCGCAGGCGUGGAGCAGCGGCUGGGCAGCCUUACAGUCUUCACCUGCGAGGACUUCGAGGGCGACUGGUCCCGAGUAGCCAGCGGUGGCUUCAGCCAGGUGUUCCAGGCGCGGCACAGGCGCUGGAGGACUGAGUAUGCCAUCAAAUGCUCCCCCUGCCUCCUUCCUGACUCCACCAGCUCUGAUGUGAACUGCCUCAUCGAAGAAGCAGCCAAAAUGGAGAAGAUCAAGUUUCCUAUCGUGUCCAUCUAUGGGGUGUGCAAGCAGCCCCUGGGCAUUGUGAUGGAGUUCAUGGCCAAUGGCUCCCUGGAGAAGCUGCUGCCUGCCUGCAGCCUCUGCUGGCAGCUCAAGUUCAUCCACGAGACCAGCCUGGCCAUGAACUUCCUCCAUAGCAUUAAGCCACCCCUGCUCCACCUGGACCUCAAGCCCGGCAACGUUCUGCUGGACAGCAAUGUGCACGUCAAGAUCUCUGACUUCGGCCUGUCCAAGUGGAUGGAGCAGUCUACCCGAAGAUGUUCCUGGAGAGCAACAAGGCCCCAGGGCCCAAGUACGAUGUGUACAGGUAUCAGCAUGAUGACCAUCAUUGUCCGCGUGGCCGCAGGCAUACGCGAAGGUCACACCCUGCAGUCCAUGACAAGCCAGUGGCCUGACGAGACCCAGCAGAUGGUAGACCUGAUGAGGCGCUGCUGGGACCAGGACCCCAAGAAGAGACCCUGCUUUUCAGACUCGGCAGAGGGCUGGAAGCACCUCCUGCAGCUCUCAGACGCCAGGAGCCUGGUGCCCAGCGACGAGGAGCUGUGCCUGUACGCGAAGGUCACGCCCCUGCACUUCCUGGUGGCGCAGGGCAGCCUGGAGCAGGUGCGGCUGCUGCUGGCCCACGAGGUGGACAUGGACUGCCAGACGGCCUGUGGCUACACGCCCCUGCUCAUCGCAGCCCAGGACCAGCAGCCCGAGCUCUGCGCCCUGCUCCUGGAGCGUGGCGCCGACACCAACCUGGCGGACGAGGACGGCUGGGCCCCGCCGCACUUUGCCGCCCAGAGCGGGGAUGACCGGACGGCCCGCUUGCUCCUGGACUGUGGGGACGUAGAUGCCCGGGAGCAUGAGGGCUGGACCCCGCUCCACCUGGCUGCACAGAACAACUUUGAGGAUGUGGCGAGGCUUCUGGUCUCUCGUCAAGCUGACCCCAACCUGCAGGAGGCGGAGGGCAAGACCCCCCUCCACGUGGCCGCCUAUUUUGGCCACGUCAGCCUGGUCAAGUUGCUGACAAGCCAGGGGGCUGAGCUGGAUGCAAAGCAGAGGAACCUGAGGACCCCUCUGCACCUGGCCGUGGAGCGGGGAGUAAGAGCCAUUCAGCACCUGUUCAAGAGUGGGGCGGCCCCCAGCGCCCUUGACCAGAGCGGCUACAGCCCCCUGCACACGGCCGCCGCCAGGGGCAAGUACCUCACCUGUGAGAUGCUGCUCAGGUACAGGGCCGGCCUGGAGCUGCCGACGCGGCAGGGAUGGACGCCCCUGCACCUCGUGGUUUACAAGGGCCACCUGGAGGUCAUCCACCUGCUGGUGGACAGCCACGCAGACCUGGGGGCCUGGACGCCCCUGCACCUCGCUGCCCGCCAUGGGGAGGAGGAGGCGGUGUCAGCACUGCUGCAGAGCGGGGCUGACCCCAAUGGGACCGAGUCAGACUGGACACCCCUCCACCUGGCAGUCCAGAGGGGGGCCUUCCUGAGCGUCAUCAACCUCCUAGAGCACCAUGCGGAUGUCCACGCCCGCAAGAAGGUGGGCUGGACACCUGCCCACCUGGCUGCCCUCAAGGGAAACAUGGCCAUCCUCAAAAUGCUGGUCAAAGCUGGUGCCCAGCUGAGCCAGGACGGGGUGGGCUGCACCCCACUGCAGCUGGCCCUCCGGAGCCACAGGCAGAGCAUUGUCGCAUUCCUCGAGGGCAAGGACACUUCAGCGGCCAUUUCGGACGGUGCCGAGUCUGGAACCCAGACGGAAUGUAGACGCUGGGUCUCCUCACCCGAGGAAGAGGGUCGGUGGACGUGAAGCUGGGCUUUGGGCAGGUUCCAGAAUCAGAAGAAGGAAGGGGCGGAGCACAGAGCUGUUUGCUCCUCCUUGUGCCCUG